AUGGAUACCCUCUUUGCCAAAACCGCCGGUCAAGACGGCAGCACCUUCACCAAGACCACCCACAAGACAACCUAUCCGACUAUCGACCCUGCUCGCCCAGAGCUGUCUCAAGCCGGUAGGACGGUCGUUAUCACCGGUGGCUCCGCUGGAAUUGGCUUCUCCAUUGCGCAGGGGUUCGCCCAAGCCGGUGCCAAACACAUCAUCAUCCUCGGCCGGCGCCAGAACGUCCUCGACGAAGCCGCAUCGCAGCUUCGCAAAGAGUAUCCUUCUGUAAAGAUCGAGGGCCGCCAAUCUGAUAUAGGCGAUCUUGGCGAGACGGAUGCGCUUUGGAAGAGCUUCGAGAACCAUGGCAUCUUUGUUGAUGUGCUGAUCCUCAAUGCUGCAAUUGUUUCGGCUGGUAGCCCCAUCCUGGAGCUGGGUCGCGAUGAGGUCUGGAGCCAGUACCUUGUCAAUGUGCGAUCCCACCUCGACUUUACCGAGAAAUUCUACAAACAGAAGGCAGGCGAGAAUCGUCAAAAGUUCCUCGUCAGCGUCUCAACUGAAGCUACCCAUAACUUCCCCAAGGCGGCUCUUUGGCCCGCGUACAGCACGACCAAAAACGCGGGCACCAUGCUCCUGCAGAGAAUCGCCAAUGAUACGCCUGUUGAGAAGAUGCAAAUCAUCAACUUCCACCCGGGUGUUGUUUACACGGACAUCUUCAAGUCUUAUGUUCCCAGAGACAUCUAUCCAUUUGAUGAUGAGAAGCUGGGUGGUCACUUUGCUGUGUGGGCGGCUUCAGACGAAGCUCGGUUCCUGCAUGGUCGCUUCGUCUGGGCUGCCUGGGAUAUUGAUGAAUUGAGAACGGGAGAUAUCAAGAGAAACAUCGAUAACAACCCAGAGUUUCUCAAGGUUGGCAUCGUUGGACUGCAACAGUGA